AUGAGUUCAAAAGGAGCAGAACAAAGUGAUAGUCAAAAAAAAGAAAACGGCGAUAAUUACUAUUACCCUGCCGAGCAAAGUCAUUGGGAAAAAUAUCAACUUUACUACCUUGUUUUUGGUAGUUUCUUGGUCACCAUUGUAAUUGUUUUAAUUAGCAAUUCUAAUACCAAUAAACAAAUCAAAAAAAUUAAUGACCGUUUGGAUGGAAAAAGUCCCUUUUCGUCUUUUCUUUCUGAUUUUGGUUUUUCGUCAGAUUUUUCCUCAGAAACCAGUAAUUAUUUGGCUCGCUUGAAGCGAGAACCAUUUCCACCUUAUGUUAAGAAAAAAGUAGAGGGAGAAAUCGCAAAAAUCCGAAGGAAUGCCUUUGGUGGUCAAACCAAAGAAACCAAGGUAGAACAAGCACUAGACAAAAAACAUUUUGGAAUGAGGAAAGUGAAGGAACUAAUUAUCGAACAUUUGGUCGCCAAAAAACAGGCGAAGAAAAAUUUCGGUGAAGUGCUUUGUUUAGUUGGUUCGCCCGGAGUGGGAAAAACUUCUAUCGCGAAGUCAAUUGCUCAGGCACUAGGUAGACCAUUCGAACGAGUUUCCCUAGGAGGAGUUCACGAUGAGGCAGAAAUUCGUGGUCAUCGCUCCACUUAUGUCAGUUCUAAGCCGGGAGUAAUCGCCCAAGCUCUCCAAAGAGCAAAAGUAAAAAAUCCGGUAAUUUUAAUUGACGAAGUUGACAAAAUUGGGGAAAGUAAAUAUCACGGAAAUCCGGCCGCUGCUUUCUUAGAAAUCCUUGACCCUGAACAAAAUGAAGAAUUUCGCGAUCACUACCUUGAACUACCAAUUGAUUUAUCCCAAGUUAUGUUUAUUUGCACUGCUAACCAAAUGGAGACCAUUCCCGGACCUUUACAGGAUCGAAUGCAAAUAAUUGAAAUACCUUCCUACACCAAAGAUGAUAAACAACAAAUUGCCGAAAAUCAUUUAAUUCCUCAAUUAUUAAAAAAAUAUAAUUUAACCAAUGAGCAAUUAACUUUUGAAAAUUCGGCGAUUCGAGAAAUCAUUGACCGUUAUACUUGGGAAGCGGGAAUACGGAACUUGGAAAGAGCCUUGACAAGCAUUAUUCGUAAAUUUGCCUAUAAAAAGGAAAAAGGAGAAUUAAAAACUGAAACUAUUACUUCAGAAAAGGUUGGAGAAUAUUUGGGCAAACCGACCACUGCUGAUUUAACUUUUGAAGCCGAUUAUUCUAUACCGGGAGUAGUGAACGGUUUAAGUGUUUAUAAUCCAGAAAAAGGAGGGGGUGAUGUCUUGCCCAUUGAAGUAAGUUGUUUUCCGGGCAAAGGGGAAAUUAUAACUACCGGAAAUUUAAAAAAAACCAUGAAAGAAUCGGCUCAGGUGGCCAUUUCCUAUGUUAGGAAGAAUGCCAACCAGUUUGGUAUCAAUACUACUGAUCAAACUAAACCAAAUUUUUUUAACUUUGAGGAAAAGGAUAUUCAUAUUCAUGUGCCUAAAGGUGGAAUACCUAAAGAUGGUCCUAGUGCCGGAACGGCUUUGACUACCGCCAUUAUUUCUGCUUUAACCAAUAAACCGAUUGGUGCAGAUAUCGGAAUGACUGGUGAAAUUACUCUGCACGGACAAGUUUCGGGAAUUGGCGGAUUACGAGAAAAACUUAAUGCAGCUUACCGAAAAAAUUUGAAGACGAUUUUUAUUCCCCAGAGUAAUGCAAACGAUUUAGAAGAAGUUUCCUCCGAAUUAAAAGAAAAUUUAACCAUUAUUCAAGAAGAUAAAUAUAGCAAACUAUUGAUUGAGGGAGGUUUAUUUGCUUAUGGAGCGACCAAAGGAAGUUUCAUUUUGCCACCGCAUGAAAAAGAAAAAAAACACAUUGCCGGAUUUAGUCCGGAAUGUUUUUAUAUUGAAAAAAUUGGAGAAAAAAAAAUUGAAACUACCUUAGUUUUACGACCUACUAGUGAAGUAUUGUUUUAUGAGUGGUAUCGACAAAUAUUACAGAGUUACCAACAACUACCUUUUUUGUAUAAUCAGUGGUGUUCGAGCUUUCGAGCCGAAAAAAAUACUGCUCCUUUUUUUAGAAACACCGAAUUCCUUUGGCAAGAAGGGCAUACUAUUCACAACCGUGCUGAGGAAGCUCAACAAUUUGCUUUAAGCAUCCUUUCUGACUACCAAAAUUAUGCCGAAAAUACUCUGUGUUUAGGAGUAAUUAUUGGUAAAAAAACUGAAGGAGAAAAAUUUGCCGGAGCUCUGGAAACCUACACCGUGGAGUGUUUAUUGCCAGAUGGACAAUGUUUGCAAUUUGCUACUAGCCAUUACUUUGGCUUAAUUUUACCUUUUGAGAUUGCUCCCGUCCAAAUUGCUUUUGUGCUGGUUAAAGAAAACAAAGAAUUAAUUAAUUACUAUCAAGCAAUAAAUAGUUGGUUGGCUCCUCACUAUCGUUGUCAAUUGUAUCACAAAAGUCCCCGAGUUAAUUUGAAUGUUCUACAAGCUGAUAAGGAAGGUUGUCCGCUUAAAAUAAUUUUGGGAAUGGAAGAAUUAAAAAGAGAAGAAAUUACCUUAGUCAGAAGGGAUAAUGUAGAAAGGAAAAUUACCAUUCUUCUAGAAGACGAUGAGACCGAGAAAAAAUUUCUCCAUGCUUUUGAAAAUAAUCUGGCAGAGAACUUAGAAAAAUAUGAUUCGGGAAACAAGCCUCGGGAGCAAUUAGCCGCCGAACACAAAGAAAUAUUAAAUUCAGCCAAAAAGGGACUUAAAAGAGAUAAAAUUAUUAAGGUCGUUGAACAAGAAGUAAUUGAGUUUCAAAAAAAUCUUUACCAAAAAAGUUCUGAUUUUCGUGAUAAACAUAUUUAUCCAACCAACAAUUUUGCUGAAUUAGAGCAAAAAAUAAAAGAAGGAAUAAAAGGUUUAUUUUUAAUUCCCUUUUGUAACAAAUUAGAAUGUGAGAUAAAAAUCAAAGAAAGAGUUCCUUCAUAUAGUAUUAGGUGUAUUGCUUUGGGGGAAAAAAUAAUUGAACCCCUAAAAUGCCUCUUUUGCCCAUCGGUAGCCAACGAUAGAGUUUAUUUAGCAUUUAUGUACUCGUUAACUUCUUGCCCAAAAUUAUUCGUUCAAAUUGCCAAUGUGGCAAGUGUAAAGAUUUCACAGGAGGUUGAAACUGCAAGUGUGGAAAAUGUGGAUAUAGUGGAAACAGAGGAAAAACAAGAAGAAAACAUUAAGAAAAAAAGAGAAAGUCGACAUAAACUUUCUUAUUGCCACACUUGCAACAAUAAAUCUGCUAUCUACCACUACAUUUAUGACAAAAGAACUGGAAAAAUCGAAAAAUCAUUAUUCGAUUCGACUGAUUCAAAUAAUCAACUAGUUUUUUGUAAUCAAACUUGCUUUAACAAAUAUAUGGAAAAACAAAAUGCCUAUAUUUGUGCUGAAUGUGGCAAAAGAGGCAGUGGAGAUUAUAUUUAUAGCAAAACUGAUCUAGAAAGAAA